UCCAGGUGGUGGUGGUGGUGGUGGUGGUGUUGGGACAACAACAACGGGACGCUGCUGGAACAGCAGCAGCAGCAGCAGCAGCGGAGGAGGUGAAGGCUCACACACACGCCAUGAAUAUUCAUCAUAAUUUACAUACCCGGCUCAUCCCUGAACUUGGGUAUACCCUCAGCCUGUGCUCUACAAACAAACCUACGGCAUGGGAAUGGGGUCCCCCAUAAGUGCCGUCCUAGCCAACUUAUACAUGGAACACCUAGAGUCCGAAUACUUCGCCAACAUCAUCCCUUCAAGCGUCACUUGGUUACGUUACGUGGAUGAUGUCCUCGUAAUAACUCCAAAACGUUUUGAUGUACGGAAUCUUCAGGCAAGGCUCAACGCAGUUGAACCGGCGAUCCAGUUUACACUAGAAGAAGAGUCCAACGACAAGCUACCUUUCCUCGACGUCCUCAUUCACAAAGUAGACAACAACCUAAGAUUUCAAGUUUAUCGGAAACUCACCAAUAAAAAUGAUCUCACACACUUCUAUUCCAGUCAAGAUACCAAGACCAAAAGAGGCAUCAUCAUCGGGUUUUUCCUAAGAGCAUACCGAAUUUGCAGUCCUGAGUUUCUUGACGAGGAAUGUACAUAUAUUCACCAAACAUUCACUGAGUUACAUUUUCCUUCUUUUUUCAUCAAAGACUGCAAGAAAAGAGCUCUUCAGAUCAUUAAUUCUCCACGCAUCAACACAACUCCCAACAAAGUUAUAAUUCUUCCCAACAGCCAGGUUGCACUGAACGUCUCAAAAGUACUUUCACAAGCUAACACCAGAGUCGCCAUCGCUUCUAGCACUUCAAUAAAGGAUCUAACCAGGACACAAUCCAAGCACCACAAACCAGUCAAUGCAGGAGUUUACACUGUACCCUGUGGAGGCUGUGACAAGAUUUACGUGGGUGAAACAGCAAGAAACCUCAACACCCGCCUCAAUGAACACAUUUACGCAUGUAGGAACGAUAACUUGAACAACGCCUGUGUACAACACCGAAAUUCCACUAAUCAUCUCAUGAAAUUCAGAGACGCACAAUUAGUGAUCAAAGAAACUAUUUUCCGCAGACGCAAGUGCCUCGAAUCAGCACUGAUCGCUGUUUCGAAUACAAUUAAACAAAACAACGGCAGCUUCACCAUCUCCGAAGUCUUAGCAAGAAUCCUCCUGAAAACAUUAAACCCUGCCAUCACAUAGUCUCUCCUGUUAUACUACACAAAGCACAUUACAGAGAGUGAACACUGAAACAAGCUGCCUCUUUCCAGUCUAUAUUUGUCCAACCUAUUUUUAUGUUACCCAAGUAAUAGCUUUUAUAUCCUUUUACUCUUGUACGAAUUAAUUGCUCCAUCAUAUUGUAUUACUUUUGUCACUACUACUACUACUACCACUAGUGAACAUCAAAAUGUUACCUCACUAGUAUUGCACCUCACUAUGAGCCUUUAUAUACCCUCUGUGUCCAUGUAUUGUUUGUAAUGGCUUGAUAAAGCUCCUGGAGAGCGAAACGUUGCCACAAUAAAUGUCACAUUAGUUGCACUUGUGUCCUUUUACUUUACAUA